CUGCCGGAAGCGCUUGAGGCCCCCACGCGUAGCGGACCCGGAGCCCAGGAGCUGUGGGCUAUGUGGCUGGAGGUGGGGGGCCUAUUGCGGGGCGCCUGUGGACACCUUGGUCGGACUGUUCUGCUGUGUGGGGCCCUGGGGCCUGGGCCCCUCUGGUGGGGGCCAUGUGGGCGUUCUCAGGCCCAAAAGUUUCAUCAGGAUGGCCCUGGCAGAGGCUUGGGUGAGGAGGACAUUCGCAGGGCACGGGAGGCCCGGCUCAGGAAGUCACCCCGACCCCAGCUGAGUGGACGCUCUCGAGAACGCAAGGUGCCAGCAUCCCGUAUCAGCCGCUUGGCCAACUUUGGGGGAUUGGCCGUGGGCCUGGGGCUAGGAGCGCUGGCUGAGCUGGCCAAGAAGUCUCUGCCAGGAGGACGCCUACAGUCAGAGGGUGGCUCCCGCCCAGGUGCCAGCCCUUUCCUGUCAGAGGCCAACGCUGAGCGCAUCGUGCAGACCUUGUGUACAGUUCGGGGGGCCGCCCUCAAGGUUGGCCAAAUGCUCAGCAUCCAGGACAACAGCUUCAUCAGCCCCCAGCUACAGCGCAUCUUUGAGCGAGUGCGCCAGAGUGCCGACUUCAUGCCCCGCUGGCAGAUGCUGAAAGUUCUCGAGGAGGAGCUGGGCAAGGACUGGCAGGCCAAGGUGGCCUCUUUGGAGGAGGUUCCCUUUGCUGCUGCCUCCAUCGGGCAAGUGCACCAGGGCGUGCUGAGGGACGGGACAGAGGUGGCCGUGAAGAUCCAGUACCCAGGUGUUGCCCAGAGCAUCCAGAGUGACGUGCAGAACCUGCUGGCAGUGCUCAAGAUGAGUGUGGCCCUGCCAGAGGGCCUGUUUGCUGAGCAGAGCCUGCAGGCCUUGCAGCAGGAGCUGGCCUGGGAGUGUGACUACCUUCGCGAGGCAGCUUGUGCCCAGAACUUCAGGCAGCUGUUAGCAGAUGACCCCUUCUUCCGGGUGCCAGCUGUGAUUACAGAGCUUUGCACAACCCGAGUGCUGGGCAUGGAGCUGGCCGGAGGGGUCCCCUUGGACCAGUGCCAAGGCCUGAGCCAGGAUAUUCGGAACCAGAUUUGCUUCCAGCUCCUGAGGCUGUGUCUGCGGGAACUGUUUGAGUUCCGAUUCAUGCAGACAGACCCCAACUGGGCCAACUUCCUGUAUGAUGCCUCCAGCCACCAGGUGACCCUGCUGGACUUUGGUGCGAGCCGGGAAUUUGGGACUGAAUUCACAGAUCAUUACAUUGAGGUUGUGAUGGCUGCAGCCAAUGGAGACCGUGACCGGGUCCUGCAGAAAUCCCGGGACCUCAAAUUCCUUACAGGCUUCGAAACCAAGGCCUUCUCUGAUGCCCACGUGGAGGCUGUGAUGAUCCUGGGGGAGCCCUUUGCAUCCAGGGGCCCCUAUGACUUCGGGGCAGGUGACACUGCCCGCCGAGUGCAGGGCCUCAUCCCUGUCCUGCUGCAGCACCGACUCCGCCCGCCCCCUGAGGAGACCUAUGCCCUGCACCGCAAGCUGGCAGGGGCUUUCCUGGCCUGUGCCCGCCUCCAAGCCCGCAUCGCCUGCCGGGACCUCUUCCAGGACACUUACCACCGCUACUGGGCCAGUCGCCAGGCAUAGCCACUGCCCUCAGCCUCCAGAUCAGAACGGAGUCCUGUCAGAUCCUCGGCCAGCUCCAUGGGGGGAUUCCAGCAGCACAACGGACCAUCCCGAUAGGACGACCCUUCCCACCCUGCUCCAACGCUGGGGCACCCUUGGGCCUCCCAGUCUUCCUUUCUUGCCCAAGGGCUGGGGAACUUGGGGCUGGAAAACUCCCCAAAGCACACCCCCAUGUCCUGCUCUCCCCAUUCCAAAGUGUCGUUGGAACCAGUCACCUGUGACGGCCAACAGGGGAGGGGGCUGCAGGUCCUGAUUCAUGUGGAGGGGGAGCCCCUCACUUCUGCUCGGGUCUCCCGUGAUCUGGCUAGUAAGAGGAGAGGGCGGUGGCUGGUGAAGCAGCCCUCACCUUUGCCUCUUUCACGCCUCCACCAGCUGCCUUCGCCCCUGGUUCCAUCCUCGCUAUGCGUCGGGGAGGGGUUGGGGGGUGCUCGAGCCUUCGGUCGGAAUAAAAGCGGACCUCCCCUUUCCCCAGCUCUUUAUUCAGCGAAGAG